AUGAAACAGAGCAACUUUUGUUGGACAGAGGAAGAGAUUCAAGUGGCAGAAAUUUUACUCGAUUUGGGAAAUUCAGUUCCUGUAUCAGAAUCAAGAAGCAAUCUUUCAUGGGGUAGUAAAAGGAGGAGAUCUAAUCCAUCUCAUGCUGCUGCACACUCAUUACCUUCACCCUCCAUUCAUGGAACUGAAACCGAAAUCCAAACUCAAGUCAAACUGGAACCGCCAUCCAAAAGUCCAACAACACCUCUUUCUUUCUCGCCAAGUGAAUCUGAUGAAAAGUCCAAGAAUUCGAAGAAAAGGAAGUAUAUGGAGAUGAUAGAAGGAUUAACUCAGCGCAGAGAUUUGCUUAAAGGGGAAGUAGAGAAUGUCAGGAAUUACUACAACAAAUUGAAGGCUUACAAUUUGGAGUUGAAAUUAAUGAAACAAAAGGCACUGACAACUUGCCUUAUAAACGAAGGAUCCCAUUCCCAUAUGGGAUUGAACAAAUUCUUGAAUUUUGAGAUGAAUUUAGCCCAACAUUAUCAAAUUACUGCCGUGGCUCAUCAACAGCCGUUCAAUUUAGAUCAGAUGGCCCCAGGAUCAACAACACAAAUAGGUGAAAAUAUUCACUACCCAUCCAGUGAUGGAUUGUGCCAUAUUAAUCAGGUGGGCCCAGUUGGAAUUCCUGAUUUGAAUCUAUCUCCUCAAGAGGCUUUCGGGGUGGAACCAUCCUAUGUCAAUAGAGAUCUUGCAGAUAAACGGGCCAGAUAUGCUGAAGCAAGGAGGUUGAGGAGAGGAAUAAUUAAGAUUAAGUCGAUGAAGAGUGGUGUAAAGACUCUGCGAAGCAGAUGA